AUGAGCUGUUUUGGAAGGCGUCAGAACGGGAACCGCGUAGGUAAUAAAGAGGUAUGUGUUCAUAAUUCUUUUCUUUCCUUAAGCAGGCUCGAUAUUUUUUCAGUAUCUGCAGAAUUUUGUAUUCCACAUCGAUGAAAACAGACACAACCUACUCUUUUAUUUGUUUUGGUUCUUUGUUUGCUUUAUUUGUUUGUUUGUUUAAUCAUUACUUUUUCGAACCUUCUUUUUGCUUUUACGCUUCUGCGGGGCUGUUGUGUAAACAGAUUUAUUCUUGAUUUUUUAGGUGUUUUUGAAACCCGCAAAAAUCCAGAAAAAUAUCAUUCAUCAACUCUGGAGCCCUGUCAGCCAGAGCAAUACUAGAAAGAUCAUAGUUAAGUGCUUUAUUGAUCAUAAAAUAUGAAGAGAUUUUAUAAAUUAGGUGCGUUUUAUCUGCAUAAGUACCUAAAUCUUUUGCUUAUUCCUUUUCAAUCGCCAGAUAAAAUAUUGUAAUCCCAGAACCCAGAACAUUCGCCUGGUUCUUCGAACAGAUUUUUAUGUUUAAAUUGAUGACAGAUAAUAAACUCUCUUUAAUCCGUUCAUUGUCCAAACGUUCUCAUGGCAUAUUCACUUAGAAAAGGGAAUAACGAUAAUAGCUCUUUUUAUAUGUAUUCAAAGCAACAUUAAUGACAAUUUUAAUCCCAAAAAAUUCGUUAUUUGGGUAGUUCAGUCCUUUUUCUGCAACACUGUCAGCAAAGGUUUAUUUUUGUUGUUGUUUCAUCUGGUCUCUCAGUAUGUUUUAAUCUUUUGUUUUGAUCAUGGCACUCGUUUGAAGUAGAGCGUUCGCAGCAAUGAAGAAUGUUUCCGUCAUCAAGCGUCUGACUCAGAAAAAAGAACAUUGCAUUUGGAUUGAAAUUCAUCAUGAUUUCGAAAGAGAAGGAAUACGUUUUUCCCUUAAGAGAUAAGUUGACAUGUUCUGGGUUGAGCCUGUAGAGGUGAGGGCGAAGUUAUAUUUCAGGAGGCGAACUAUAAAAGGUUUAGACGGCGAACUUGCAAAUAAGUCAGUUGCCCAAGGAUUUUCAGGACACCUAUGAUAAAAAAGCUAAACGAGAAGAAAACCACUACUUGCUAUUCCACAUACAUAACUGCUAUACAUAACUAGCUCAUACUUUUCAAUGGAGAUCAAGUUAAGACUUCGCGAGGUUAUCAUGCUACAAUGAUAUAUUCAUGUGACCUUUGCAGAUCAAAGGGUGCCAGGCAAUCCUUAAAGAGGCCACUUAUAAACUGUGGAGCAAAUUUAGCAACAAAGGAGAUGGCAUUAUGGAGAGGAAUUCCGACGAUGGCACAGUGAGUUGCGACGGAAAUAGGGAUCAAAAUAGUGAUCAUCAAAAUAGUAAGUAGACGUUUAUGCUAUCAUGCUUCAUGUACCUGUAACAUGCACGAAAACAUUUGAUGUAAAAUGAUUGUUAAAAACCGUACCAAGAAUCUGGCUGAGUUUUACGCUAACGAGUGCCACAAGAGUGAAAUCAGGUAUGCUUUUGACUAACACGAUGAAACGCUGGGCCCUUCUGAUCAGUUCGCGUAUUAUUGUUUGCACAGAGCAAAUGUCGAUUGAACUCAAUAACAUAUCGUUUUCGCUCCACGAUGUAUAUCUGGAGCGAAUUGAUACAUUUUCCUCUUUAUUUUUCCCUAACUAAGUAUCGAUGCACUCCAUGGGUGCCUCGUCUCAUUAUUUUUUCUUAAUAAUUUGUAGUUCCAAUGCUGUAAGUUUAUUAAUUUUUCUUUUCUCGUUUAACAAUUACUUAAAUCUUUGUUGAAGCCUGAGGGUUAAAAUUUGGUGUUAUACGCAUUCGCUGAACUUCCAUCUAGGUUAAAAAGUCCGCCGAAAAUUUUCACACAUAGGCUUUGACUUUAAAAUUUUCGUUUUCUUCCAUUGUGAUCAUAGUGACUACUAGGGAUAAAACACAAGGGACAAACGACCCACCUUGUUAUGCCUUCCUAUUCGACAAGAAAUACGCAAUAAAAGGAAAUGGAGAAGGACAACCAAUCACAACCGUGGUAAGGAACCACUUUAAGUCUAGGGUUUAUUAAUUCAUUUGUUCAUAAAACAAAACAAACAGAAGAUUAACGUCAACAAAACAUGAAAAACUGAUGAUGUAUUGACGUAACGAGACGUACGUUGUAGCAAACAACUGGUUUUAGCAAUUACAGUAACUAGACAGCUUGGUUGUCUCUGCAGAACUGAAACUUUCCACUAGAUAACGCGUCUUUUAAUUCUACUUUUUACGCGACAAGCGUUUCGAUAAUUACUGCGAUUUAAUAAAUUGAUAGUGUUUUACCGUGGUCUGUACUCUUAUCGACAACGAUAUUCGUCAUGACAGAGGUAGAAAUGUCGUGGACUCACGGGUGCAACCGACUGAGUUUGUCACAUAUUGACCUCAGAGGAAUAAAACCUCAGACCUUCGGAUUCCGCGCUCCCAUGCUCUACCAAUAGAGUGGAUUAGCAAGAGGACGGGAAGGUCAUUUCAGAACGGUGCGCGCAGCAAAAACUGCCGAUAAGAAACUGGGUCGAGAACGCCGUCGCGUUGUGUUGAAAAGUGACUCAGCAUUCGUUGUAACGAGAAUCUUCACCAUCACCUUUGGUUUUUCGGUUUUAUAGACUACUCCGAGGACAAAGAAAUUAUCUUCCUUUGAGAGUUAUGUAACAAGCGCAAACAGAGGAUAUAGUUAUAGAUGCGGCAAGUAAGUUGUUAAUAUGAAUACACAUGGGCAAUUAAACUUUGAAAUUAUUCCAUUCCAGUUUAGUUUCGAGUCUGCUGACUCAUCUAUCAAAUUUUGAAGCCCACUAUAUAGUUUUUCCAUGAUUUGUGUCCCUGUCAUUUCGUUUCGUGUUACUAGAUUUCAGCACUACUCGUUUCCUUCAUAAUUUUGUAAAGGAUAAUUUGUAAAUCGUCGUCGUUUUUCCCCUUGUUUACUGAAUAUUCUUCUCAAUUAUGACAAUACAUCUCUUUGAGCGCCACCUUCUAGAGUUGGAAUGCAUUUUGAACGGAAUUACCAGGGGUUAUGGCAAAACCAUGCAGAAACCAAGCGACCCAACGAUGGAGUUGUUUACGAUGAGAAUGAAAUUAACUCAAACUAGUCACCAACGAAACAGUUAGAUUUAGGAAUAAGUCUUUGUUCCUGUUUUAUCAUUUUUUGGGUUUUUGUUUAAUUUAAUUUUUUUUAACUAAUGAAGUCGUUCAAGACUGAAUCAAAUUAAUAGAUUUAAAAAGCCGUGCCGAAAUGAAGUUGAUUGUCAUUUUAUUUCGUAGCGAGAGCAUGACUUUCUUGUCUUAGUUUUCACCGGCGCUGACCAAAAAUUUCAAACAUAAAAAAGAGCAAACCCGAGCCAUUCUCUAUUUUUUUCAUCUCUGAGUUCAAUUCGCAGAAAAGUUGUCAAUCACGGUAAAAACGACAAUAACAACAAAUAACACUGAAUAAUACAGCAGGUAAGCGUGGUGAUGUUUCAUUGAGAUAAACUUCAACAUGAAGCAAGUUUAAUUGAUUGAUGAAUUGAUUCAUGAUAAAAUUAACAGCAUCCCCUUCUUAGAGUUUUCAUACAGGAUUAAAGAACUAUAUCAAAGAAAAGCCCUUUCGUCGUUUAAGCCUUGCUCAAUUACAAGUGUACUGAGCCCUAAAAUCUUGGAUCCGGCGCUUGCUAACGAUCGUGUUUCCUUUCGGGAAUCUAGCAUAAAUGUAGCGGUAAAUUUUCCCAAACACACCGAAUAAAACAAAGGAAAGGACCAAGUUAUCCUGGAAAUGAGUUCUGAUAUAAUUCCAAACAACAUUAUCUCGUUUAUGAGUGCAAAAUUUACGAAAAUCCCAAGCGUUUUGAUCGUGACGGGAAAACCAGCGUAAUGACGUCUUGAACUUGUCGGAGAGAAUUGCAACGCCAACACCGGAAGUCGAGGUAGAGUCGUGUCCAGACUAUCCGCGCGCUUUCCCGUUCUGAAAUGACGUUCCCGUCCUCUUGCUAAAUCCCUCUAAUAAGCCACAGAGACUGUACGGCGAGCGAAGUCUAUUACGAAGGAUCAGCAGCGUCAUGUUUGUAUAUAGAAUAAGAGAGAUGGUAAGUUUUAAAUAGAGAAAGAUGUUUUUCGUCUUGUCAUGAGCGUGGGACAAAGAAAACAAUUCUGAGUCCGCAUGAGGAAUCAAACCUCAGACCUUCGGAUUCCGCGCUACAACACUGUCGAUUUGUUUUUUUGACCUCAAUAUCGACGUCAAAAACGCAAAUUACAACCAUUCUUUUAGUGUAUGACCAUUGCGCGAUACAUUGACGCUAUCGCGAGCAAGCGUUGUCUGUAGCGUAAUCGACAGCGGCAGAUUGGCCUAUCAGAUCGCGAAAUUGCUGCCAAUUUCGGUUGAAAUAUAGUUUCAAACGGAAUGCGUGCGUGCAAAAUUAAACGCAACCAUCGCACGCGUUAAAUUUAACAAUUAAUUAUGAUGAGCCGAAUGUUCACCGAAACCAUUUCUAACUCAACGCUAUUUUCAAUUUGCAAGGAAAUAGAUGCGAUUGAUGACAAUGUCAAGAGCGUAGUUUUUGAGCCCAAAUACCACGGGGGCUCCACGAUGCUCAAGCUUUUUGGCACCGAUCUCUACGUGGGAUGCGACCGCGAUGGCCACACAACUCUGAUGAAAAGUGUUGAUCAUACCAAUCCGAGUCCUAAGGUUCUUUUCCACGCUGAACGAGUGCGUUCAAAAGACAAAUAG